CUAAAUCACAUUUGCCCUACCAGCUGAUGCGAGUAUUCAUGUGAUUGCGCGACGAUACGCAAUUAAUAAACAAAUAAGAUACGAAAAUAGCGCUUACAAAGCGUCUAUUUUAAGUCAAUUCGCACAUAACGCGCUCGCAGUUGCAAACUCAUGCCCAUAAUAAAGAAGUUCGCCAAGGACAAGAGCAACAAAGUUAGACAAAUCAUGGACGCCCGACCUGGAGAAGAUAAGUCCAUCAUCGACAAACUCCUCGGCGACAUCAGCAAGUCUUCCGCUACGAAACAACUAAUCAUCGGAACGUCUUCCGGAUGGCUCACCGGCUAUGUCUUUAUGAAAGUGGGCAAAGUCGUGGCGGUUGCCAUCGGCGGAGGCAUCAUCCUCUUACAAGUAGCCAAUGAGAAUGGCUAUGUAAAGAUCAACUGGAACAAAGUCAAUAAGAACCUGGAUAAAGUCGCCGAUAAAGUCGAAGAGAAGAUAACCGGAGAAGGUCCUUCAUGGUCAGAUAAGGUGGAACGUUUUGUUGAUAGGAAAGUGGACCAGGCGGAAAACAUCGUGCGCAAGAAGCAGAAGAAGGCGAAGAACUGGUACGACAUCAACAUUGAUGGCGACAACAGUUUUCGAGUGAAAGAAUCGCACAUUUUCUACGCGUCUUUCGUGGCGGGCCUUUGCUUCGGUUUCGUAUCGUCCUAAUAAUAAAACGGCACUUGUUUAUCGUCUACAAGUAUGAGAAGUAGUUAAGUUAGUAAUAUGUACACGAUUCGAAUAUCUUACACGACUUACACCUAACGAUUAUACUCAUGUUAUUGCUAUUUAAUGUUUACUUGUACUUAUACAUUGACUAAGAUAAGGAAAACCUACAAUAAUGUAGAUGUAAUUCAGGUUGAAUCUUAUUUAUGUUUAUAUUCUUUGUAAUCAACAACAAUAUUAGAAUUAAACGUUGAAUGAAAAA